UCUUAACACAUAAUGUGUCUGUAUUUUUUUCAUUUUCUGCAUUAUAUGUUACACUGCCAAACUUACCUAUUUUGCUUCAUAUAUCAUUUUCAUCAAGUUGUCAUAGUCAGUAUUCUUUUACAUGAUGCUAAGUGCCCACUCGUUAUUGGUGACAUGCAGGCGCUUGAUCCAGAAGUCAAGUUGUCUAAAUAAAGUGCCAAGGAUGGGAAGGAAUCAUUAUCCUGAACGGCUACCAUCUAUUGAUGAAACUGCGCAAAGAUUGGGGUUUGAAAAAGGGACUGACAUGUAUCCAGACUACCCACUCGAUGAACCACCAAAGUUGUGGAUGGUUACACAGAUACACAAGCUGAAGUUUCGCCCAUACUGGGAGAAAGAAGCAAUGAAGGAUAUGGGUCUGUACAAGGUAAAUGACAUUUCAGUGCAGAUGAACACAGCAAAUAAUAAUGAGAAACUUUGGCAGGUCAAACAUUUAAUCAGAAUUCAUCCAAUUCAAUUUCCAAAUGGCCUCCCAACCAAAGAGGACAUAGGUGGGACACAUUUAAGAAGUAAUGGUGAACUCAUCAUCUUCAAACGAUUGGAAAAUCCCGAGAACGAAAAUGUCCUUGCACCAGAAUUAAAACAAGAGCAGUGGAAAGUUGUAGAUGGGUACAGGAUGUGCAACAACUGUUCAGCCAGACGAUGUAUCAAAUUACAAAUGUGUCAAAAACUCUGGCGACAACGUGGCAGGAAUCAUCUGGAAAAAAUUGGUCCUAAAAUGUUCAACUACGUAGAUCCACCUGAAGCCAGACAAACUAGUGAUGCAGAAGGUGGUGGUACUUUAUGACCAAAUGAUCCUUUCUCAGCAUCAUCAUGCGAUAGUUAGUCCAUCUUGCUGCAAUUCGUGGCUUAGCUGUGUUUGGAGGUCACUGAGCUUUUUCUUAAGAACAGAGAGCCCUGACAGAAUGAUGUUCUCUGGUUUUAUGGCUCCUGUAGAUUCCACAUUGACGAAAAAUUUGUUUGCUUUGCCAUUCGGAUCAAAUCUGAACAAAAAUAAAUAAAUUUAAUGGCUACUGUA